ACCCGGACACCCCCACCAAAAUUCAACGCGCGUUCAACGCGAAGUUAUUAAAACAACAACCAUGCCACCAAAAGCGCGUCAACCGCCUCGAAACUUGGUGGAGCAAGAGGGGAGGAUUCAACUUGCAAUAUCUGCUUUAAAAAAGCAAGAAAUUUCGUCAGUUCGUCGCGCAGCAACUGUUUUUAAUGUGCCUCCGUCAACAUUGCAUGAUCGACUCAGUGGGAAGCAAUAUCGAAUUGAACAGCGCGCCAAUGGCCACAGGCUUACUGCGAACCAGGAAGCAUCAUUAAUUGAAUGGAUUCUAUCUAGAGAUGCACGUGGAGUCGCUCCUAGGCCUUCUCAUGUGGCAGAAAUGGCUAGUCUUCUUCUUCAAGAGGCAGAUCCAACAUCCUCCCGACCAGUUGGAAAGAACUGGGUUUCUUCCUUUAUAAAUCGACAUGAUGAGGUCAAACCUCGCUUUGCUAGACGAUACAACUACUCGUGCGCGAAAUGUGAAGAUCCCCGGGUUAUAGAGGCAUGGUUCAAGCAGCUAGAGGAGGUUCGAAAGCAGUGGGGUAUACAGGAUGAUGAUAUCUUCAACUUUGAUGAGACUGGCUUUGCCAUGGGCCUAAUUGCAACUACAAAGGUGGUUACCAGAGCUAGUAUGCCUGGUAAACCUCAUCUUGUUCAACCGGGCAAUCGAGAAUGGGUUACUACAAUUGAGUGCAUGAAUUCAAGUGGUUGGAUGGUGCCUUCCUGCAUCAUCUUCAAAGGCAAGCAAUUCAUCGAGGGUUGGUUCGAAGAAUAUGGGAUACCAACUGAUUGGAGGAUUGAAUUAAGCGCGAAUGGUUGGACAACAGAUCAAAUAGGCCUUCGGUGGCUUGAAAAGGUCUUUAUUCCUGCAACAGCUACACGAAAGGUGGGGGGAUAUCAAUUACUUGUUCUAGAUGGCCAUGGCAGUCAUCUCACGCCUCAAUUCGAUAAGAUGUGCGUGGAUAAUAAUAUUAUUGCCAUCUGCAUGCCUCCACAUUCAUCUCAUCUUCUACAGCCUCUGGAUGUUGUUUGCUUUGGGCCAUUGAAGCGCGAAUACGGAGGUCUAGUCGAGGCAAAGAUGCGCUUGGGAUACAACCAUAUUGACAAGCUUGACUUCCUAAAUACAUAUCCUACAGCUCACCAGACAGUCUUCACGCCUCAGAAUAUUCAAAGCGGCUUUGCAGCAGCUGGGAUACUUCCAUUUGAACCUCAGCGGGUGCUUGACAAGCUGAAUAUAUCAAUGGGAACGCCUACCCCCCCUUCAAGCCGUGGAGGAGGUUCAACAGCCUCCUCAUUACUAGCCACACCUCAUACAGCUCAUCAACUCCUCAAGAAGGCAUCCUCAGUCAAGAAGAUGCUUUGGCAGCGCUCUGAGAGUCCUUCUUCACCAUCAAAAAGAACCUUUAAUGAGUUGUUGAAGGGUUGCGAAUUGAUAAUGCACCAGGCAGCAUUCAUGGCGAAGGAAUUACAUGAUCUCCGCGCGGAGAAUGAGAAAACAAAGCGGAAAAAGGGUCGAUCUAGGCGUCAAAUGCCUCCGAAUGAAGGACUUUCAAUACAAGAGGCAAGGGAUCUAAUUGCGCAGAGAAAUGAGCAAUUACUUGAAGAAGGUGGUCCAUCUGCUAGUUCUACUCCAAUUGCUUCUAUCGCGCGAAAACGCGCUCCGCCAACAUGUUCUGAAUGCCAUAUUCAGGGACAUACAAGGACUAACUGUCCUACACGUCGGAAUAAUUAAUAUAAUGAGAAUACUAGUAUUUUGGUGGUGGUGAAUAGCUUCAAAAGUUCUAAGUGUGGUCAAUUUUGGUGGGGGUGUCCGGGUCGACCGGGUGUCCGACUCGGUUGGGAAUUACGUUAGCGGUCACUAAAGUUCGACACUAACUAACUAGCUAACGCGUGAAGCUGGUAACUCCCAUCGCGAGGUGGGAGUCUGCUCCGGGAUGAAUUGUCGCUUGAUCUAUAGGUUAUAAAUACUCUAGCUUAUUCUCAGCGUAUAAAAGGGCAUGUUUUGGUCGAAUGAUCAUCCACGGUCAUGCUAUAUACUCCUAUGGGCCAAAGGACUUGGCACAAUUACUCUCAGAUGAAGCGGUCUCACGUUGUAUUUUGAUAGGAACAGAAAACAACUGGCGGAUAA